UACCCGCUCCGACCCGAACGUACGCACGCACGCACUCGCACUCCUCUCUUCGCCGAAAUUCUUGCGAGCGAACGCGGAAAAUUCCGGGUGUAGGCGUGUUAGCAGUGAGCACAAUAGCUGCGAAAGGAAUACAUCGCUGUGGAAAAGCCUGACUUAUUAUCGAGAAAAGUCAUGAUGUUUGUUGACGUAGUGAUGUGGAGCAUGAAGUGCGAGUGGCGGUGAGGAGUGGCAGGGCUGGCUGGUGCUGGGCCGAGUGGAGGCAGCAGCAGCGAGCAGUCUCGUGGCCGCGCUGGGCCUGACCACCGCCUCUUCUUGCGCUCUCCCGCGCCACAUCCACCACAUCUCUUGGAGCCGUGCUAACGUGGAGCUUCCGCCCCGCCCUGCUCUUCUGCGAGCGGUGCCAUGCUCGUCCUUGUGUGUCAUGCGUGAUAGUGCAGUGUGUCAGUGAUACUAUGCAACACAGUAGACAGUAAAUCGAGCAUGAUGCAGCCCAUUGUCAACGGCUACACGGGCGUACAGUCUCCGCUGGACGGUGCUCAUGCGGGCGUGCUUAGUCCUCCUCCACAGUUGUCUCCUCAGCCUGUCAGUCCGAGCACUUCCUCCUCCAUGGCGUGUGGCGUUACGUAUAGCAACGAGAGACACGCAGGAUCCACUCAUGUCACUCACAUGGCCAACGGCGCGCUCAUGACGCGGACGAUGCACAUGGCGCCCACGUCAGUGCAUGUCCGAGGCCACAAUUCCUCGCACGGGCGUCGACAUGCCACCCUGGGCCCGUACCCUUACUCCUUGCGAGGGGGCGCGGAUCACAGCACCAACGGCGCGGCGCUGCUUCACCCUCUUCAUCAGGCGUAUGGCUCGGAUGACUUCAACCAGGAUUCUCCACGGUACACAUCACCAAAGCCAGGAGGGCUCUAUGGGGAAUCAUACUUUAUGGAGAGUGGAGGAAGUGACGUGUGGGGGGCAACAGGCGGUGGCGGCACUGGAGCAGCCGCAGCCGCAGCCGCAGCCGCAGGAGCUGUGGCAAGUUACCCAUACACAGCACCGUCCAUGAUGGGUCCUACCUCGCACCUCACCCAGCCACACUACAUGCCAUCACACCUACAAGAACCUAUGGGUUAUGAUCACAUGGCAUCUGGAUUGCCACCCAUGUCUUCAUUCCGUGGUCCUGGUGCGAGUAGCACAACUGGUGGUGGCUCUGUAGCAACCUCCUCCCCCCUUUAUACACACUCCCCUGUGCCUAACCACACCCAGGCCACAGCAACAGGCAACUCAGCAGAUUCAAUUGGCAAAGCGAUGUCCUCAAUUUACCCUGGAGAGCAGACGCCGAGCAGCUACAGCAGUAAUCCUGGCACCCCAGUAUCAGCAACCUCCCCGCCCCCUCUCACCUCUGGGGCACCUAGUGGGGCCCAACAACAGUGGCCACAGCCCCAUACACCCACCUCACCUCACUAUGAACGUUCCCUUCCCAUGCCACGUAUGCCAGAGGAGAACUUAGAAUCAGCAAUCGACUACCUUCGAGAUCACGGUAUUGAGGGGUCAAGGAUAGAUGAACGACUGGAGGAUGCUGUCAACGUCCUACAGCGCCAUGCAGAAACCUCAGGAGGUGUGCCAGGUGCUGGUUCACACCUAGGCCCCCCAACACAUGGGGGUUCUCUUCCUCCCUACCCAUCAGCCUUGGAUUCACACUUGGGGGGGCCACCUAACUCUACCUUCACAUCCUUGGGAUCACACUCGCAAGAUCUGAAGGCCCUAGGUGUACCAGGCUUAGGUGAUGUGAAGGAGAAAGUGGAGAUAAAAUCAGAGGACCUCACCAGCUCCCAUUUACCCACCACUACAGUAGCAGGUUCUAUGCCUGCAGGAGCCAAAGGUGGCAAACGCUCUCGCAGUCUAUCCCAGUCCAGCUUGCCUCACCCUCUGAAACCACAUGGCCCACCCCUGCUUGGACUUCCGACUUCGGCUCUGCACACGGAGGAUGAGGAAUGUACAGAUCCAGAGACUAAAGCACUGAGGGAGAAGGAACGACGUCAAGCUAAUAAUGCCAGGGAAAGGAUCAGAAUCCGUGACAUAAACGACGCUCUCAAGGAACUGGGGAGGAUGUGCAUGACACAUCUGAAAACUGACAAGCCCCAAACUAAGCUUGGUAUUCUCAACAUGGCCGUAGAUGUUAUAAUGUCGCUCGAACAGCAAGUCAGAGAACGUAAUUUGAACCCUAAGGCAGCUUGUCUGAAGCGACGUGAAGAAGAGAAGUCUGAUGGCUCUAAGUUACCACCACCUCAUCUCCCACACCCUUCCAGCAUGGCUCCUCCCUUCCCAAACCUGCCCGGUGAUCAUCUAAGCCAUGGAGGUGCUGGACCUCACUAGUGACCUGACCACCACUGGCAGCAGCCGUAGUCCUUCCCACCCAAGGCUACAUCAGGGGUUGUGGAGCCCCCCCAGCAAGGGGCUGGUGUGUACAGCUGAGCCACUCCCGAGGCCUGUGCGAGAGAGGCAGUGUGUGGCGUAUCCAUGUGGCAGGGGAUCGUGACAUAGGGCAAUUAUAUGUGUUUAGUGUAUAUUUUUUAAGCAGCCAAGAGAAUGGCAAGGGAUGGGACAGUUUGGAACAGUUGUUAGGACACCAGGGCCCCUCUAACCCCCCCUGCCCAGUGCAGCUCAGUGUGUGGUCUUCUGCGUGCGAUCUUCCACGACAUAUCUCGCAGCCAAUCAUAUCACAAGGCAGCAUAAGCUUGGUCAUGAUGUGACAAUGGUCGUAGCUUCACUUUAUCUUGAAAUGUGCAAAAUGAAGUUCUACCAGUCUUGGUAUGAAUCUGAGCUCCCAAAGAAUAUAUGCAAGGUUGAGCACUGACUCAAAAUUGUUGUUGAGAAUUGGAAAGUGAUUAUAGAGCGACAAGAUGCCUUGAAAUGUGGAGUGAAGCUGAAUAGUGCAGUGUGAAGGACUGAGUUGGCUGAUACUACUGGCCAUGUACUCUGGGCUGGAGGUGAAGACCGAGCAAUGAACCGACUUCACUAGGUUUAGCAUUGUAUACAUAAUUACUAUACAUUGUGUACAGAAUGACUCAUUAUUUUAUUAAACAAACAUUUUUAGCUAGGUGAUCUAUUCUGAGAAAAGAGUAAUGUAAAGAAUGCACAAUGCUUUUAUGAACAGAUGGUUUACAUCGAGGAUAUUGAUUAAGAAGCUAAAGUUAUAUGGUAGCUUCACUGUGUUGAGCAACUCCUCUUUUAAGUGCAUAAUUUUAGUGUAGUUGUUAGUGCUUCCCAUUUUCCUGUGUUCAUCUGCUGACUUUAUCAAUAAUUUUGAUUUUGUACUCAUUAUUUAGAACUGGAUCCCUGUGUCCACCUUUAAGUCAUGAGUGGAAGGAGGCCAUUCAGUCCAUAGUGCCUCAAUAUUGGUCAUUCUGUCAUGGGGAAGUCAGUGGCAAUUAGUGAUGUUGACUUGUUAUUCAGCUAAGGAAACAGCAGCUUGAAAGACGUUUUGUGUAGCUUUGUUGUUAGGCUUAUCAACUGGUAAUUGGAGAAAAUUUAUGUAAGACUGUGUUAAAACAAAAUUGCAGCUGAAUGUCAUUCAUAAAUUUUUUGUAUGACUUGGCAUUGUUCAGAUGUUACUUUGAUCGCAAAAUGGUGGGAUUUCUUGUAAGAUUUCAUUCUAAAACAUUCUAAGAUAAGUGUUAUGUAACUUUUGUUGGUAAUUACAAACCUGGUCAGUGACCAAAUCCCACUCAACUCUGGACUGCACUUUGACAUUUUUGACAUGUGUAAAUAACAGGUGCAUGGUGGUGUUUUGCACAUAUGUUAUUGUAUUAUAUAUAUCCAGUUCUAUUGGAUAAUUUAUAAAUUUUUUGAACACAACCAUGACCCUGAUUUCAAUACACAGGUUGCUGUAGCCCUACUGCAUCUGACUAUCAAAUUCAUUCAAGGCACAGCUAUAUGGAGGGAUCUCAAACCUCCAUUGUGAUUGACAUUUGCUUUAGAUUUUUCAAAUUUUGAUUUUUUUAUAUGAAUCAGUUAAAAAUUCUGAAAUUAUUAUCUUAAAAGUGUUUAAUACUUUAUAGUGUGUUCUCAACUUUGUAGAUAUUAUGAUGUUUUGUUGAGAUGAUAUUCAGUGACAGGAGCAGCCAGCAUUAGAUUCAUGGACUUUUCCUUGUGCAUUUUUCAAGAUUCAUAAUUAAAUAUUUUAUCUGUCAGAAAUAUUCCAUCCAUCCUGGUACGCCUGAGACUCGCAGGGCCACCCUGCUGUUCCUCGUGUUAACGCUCACUCGGUAACUUCUGCCGGCUCACAACCCUACAUCCAUGCUAACUUUAUUUCCUCCCAGCUGAUAAAGAGGAAGGGGAAUGUUGAGUCCGGGCACCAGUCUGGCGUGCCUCAGAGCUUCCAGCUGCUGUGGCACAUGACUCAGCCGGAUGACGUGAUGUGUACAAAUAUUGUAAGACGAGUGCAGUGGGCGCUGUGUCAGCCUAUCCAUGAGGGUACUCAACAUGGACUUCAUCUGUAGAAUAAUAAAUGUGCCAUUUUGCAUUA